CGCAACCUCUUGGCCCUUUAUGUCAAUCGCAAAGCAGACGACAGGGAUUAUGUAUAUUGUAGUUUAUCACUUUUCGCGAGAUCACACAUAACAUUUAACAAUUAUAUAGAGCCCAAGCAACAAAACAAACAACGACAAAAUAUCGAUACUGCAGUACAGUAUGACAAAAUAUGAGCGUAUUACAGUAACGUAGAUUUAGGCCUCACUGAGUAAUCUAUCUGAUGUGACGAUCCCAAGGUUAAGCAAUGCGCAUAUAUCAAACUCAAAGACGAAGAUGAAAAGACACUCACAAUAUGGUGAUGAUGAUGAUCAUCCAAAAAAAUUAACGCUGAAACGACAUUUGGGCCAAAUUGAAAAUGUAAAAGUUUUAGUACAGCCAUCACAUGUUCGUGCUUAUCCUUCCAAAAAACUUAAAACUGACUGGGAUUCACUUUUCUACAACAACUUUGAUUUCAACAAGAAAUGUAAAGAUGGAUCCCUUCUUGGGAAUGAUUGUUACCAAACACCAAAGCAAAGACAAAGUUUUCUUGUAAGAGGCAAAGAGAUGAAAGCUUAUUUCCACCUUUUAGAGGAUGACGUCAUACAAGAAUUUCUUCAAGUAGAUAAAUGUACAAAAGUAACAGAUAAGUACCUUCUCGCCAUGGUCUUUGCUUACUUCAAGAGAGCUGGUUAUGAAAUAAGAGAGUACACACGGAUGAAUUUCUUUGUAGCACUUUACCUGGCUAAUGAUAUGGAAGAAGAUGAGGAGGAAAUGAAGUAUGAAAUAUUUCCAUGGGCAUUAGGUGACAACUGGAGAGAUAAAUUCCCAAGGUUUCUUCUCAAAAGGGACAAAUUAUGGUCAAGAGUUGAUUAUAGAGCUGUAGUUAGUCGAUGUUGUUGUGAACAGAUUAUGGCAAUUGAUCCAGACCACCCAAUAUGGAAACGUAGUCGUCCUGACUAUCAUGCAGGAGCAAUGCGUAACUACUUGAAAGGUACAGAGGAUGAUGGAUAUCCAAAAGGUCCAAAGGCUGUCCCUAGAAAGUGCCCCAACUGUGACAAUGAAAGUUCUUGUUAUUCUGAUAGCACUUCAAGUGAAUCAUGGUAUUCCUUAACUGGAUAUUCCAGCCAUUGCUUCAAGAAUGAUCUCCUCAAGAAAUCUACUGUUAUGUCCUCUUUUGAUAUGAAAGGUUUGAAGAAAAACUUACCCAAAGAGGAAUGGUCUGCAACAGAGGAGUAACUGUUAAAAAGGUUAUGUUUAUUCUACCAACUCUUUCCUUGGAAAUGUGCACAGAUUUUGUAAAGUUUAGAAAUAUUUGAAACAAUUUUCAUAUCUGCAUAUUUUUUAUAAACUAGGACCUUUACCAUAAAUUAGUCACCAUUUUAAGCAGGUUUGCGGUAUAAAUACUUUGAUGUCAUUCAUUUAGUUUGCAUUGUCAAUAUCUAAUGCCAAUCAAUUUAUGUUUAUUUAUUAUAUUGCAUAAUUAUGUAUGACAUGGAAAUAGAUAUAAUAAUGCAAACAAACAUCAGUCAAAGGAAUAAUUUGAAGUCUGUAAGAGUAAUAUAAACAUUAAACAUGAUAUAAAUUUGGUUGGUAGGUCUUUCAGAAGAACAUUGACAUUAUUUUUUAUUAAUUAUAAGCAAUAAAUAUACUAGUAUAGAAAUAUAAGUUAUUGUCCUUUUUAAUUAUACGUAAUAAAUAUAUAAAAAUACUA